AUGGCCUUGGUUCGGGACCCAUAUUUCUGGAAACGCUUCUCCACAGCGGUCCACAUGGAAGAAGAGGCCAAGAGCGAUCUCGAAUCGACCACACCCGUCAAAGAACCAGAUUCAUGGCUCGAACGCGAACGCCGCAAGCGCAAGCGCUCGCUAAUCUGGGGGUUCGUCAUCUUCUUCGGGGUCAUUCUACUGGUAACCGGCGGCGUGAUUGUCUGGUGGCUGGCCAAGCACAAUUGGUUGCAAAAGGUCGAACCUUAA